AGAUUCUAUUGGAUUUCAAUCUUUGGAUAAAGCUACAGGUUUGGCCAAGCAUUUGACAAGAAUAGUUAUUGGUCCUACAUUAAAUCCAGAACAGAAUUCAGAACAGGAUUCAAAAUGUGAUUCUUUUAUGGUCCUUAGUAUAAGACCAUUCUUUGAGGACAAUGAUGCUCAAUUAAUCUGGGAUUAUUUGGUUAUGAGUGACCAUUUGAAAAAAAAAGGUCUUAAAGAGGAUGAUUGGAAAGAUUUAACUCUUGAAGAAUGUGAAAUUACUGAUACGAAACCUCAUGCUUAUGGUAUUGACAAUUAUUCCGUGGAUUUAAGUGAAAAAAAAGGAUCAGAACUUAAAGAAUAUCUAUCAAAAGAACCUUGGGCUGUUCACCCUGCGGAAAAAAUACUUGAUACUUAUGUCAAAGAACGACUCCAAUUCCCAAGAUAUGUUAUCUACCUUGAUGAAGAAAGACAAAAGAAACUUCUUAUAGGAAACAAUACAAUACAA